UAUUGAAUGAAAACAAUAAGAAAAACAUGUUUUUUAACGAUAUUUACAAUGAAUUGAUUUAAUCGUGAAAUUAAAGUACAAUUAAAUAUUAAGAUCUAAUCAUUUGAUCGGCGAAGACAUCCAAUCGAUGACAAUGGAGGACAUGGAGUACGAAGAGAUCCGGAAAUACUUUCUUCAGUCGGGCGAUGACCUGCCCUUUGAAGAGGACAUACUUCGCAAUCCGUAUUCAGUGAAGCAUUGGUUACGUUAUGUGCAGCAGAAGAAGGACACGACGGCCACCACUGCCGGCGCCGACCCAAUGGUGGUCAAUAUGGUGUACGAACGGGCGCUCAAAGAAUUGCCCGGAAGUUAUAAGCUAUGGAUCGGUUAUCUGCGGCUCCGGAAGUCUCAGGUGUCGGACACUGCGAUGACUGAUCCAAUGGUCGCCGACGUGAACAACUGUUUUGAACGAUCGCUCGUUUUUAUGCAUAAAAUGCCCCGAAUAUGGAUCGAGUUCUGCCAGUUCUUGAUGUCACAGAACGCCAUCACCCGAACCCGACGGACGUUAGAUCGCGCCCUACAGGCGCUGCCCAUCACUCAACACAACCGCAUUUGGCCGAUAUAUCUGCGGCUCAUUAAACAGUAUAACAUUCCCGAAACGGCGGUCAGAGUUUACAAACGAUACCUGAAGUUACAGCCAGAAGAGGCCGAAGAGUACAUCCAGUAUCUGAUAUCAGUGGAGCGCAUGGAUGAGGCGGCCGUCAAGUUGGCCGAAAUGGUCAAUCGGGACGACUUCAUCUCGAAAGAGGGCAAAUCGAAGCAUCAGAUGUGGACCGAGUUGUGUGAUAUUAUCUGCAAAAAUCCCGACAAAGUGUUGUCACUGAAUGUGAACGCAAUCAUCAGAGAGGGCAUCAAGAGAUACCACGACGAACAGGGAAUGCUUUGGAUUAGUUUAGCCGAGUAUUACACGCGAAGCGGUCUCUUCGAGAAGGCCCGCGAUGUGUACGAAGAGGCCAUACUAUCGGUGAUGACUAUCAAAGACUUUUCGCAAGUGUUUGACGCUUACGCCCAAAGCGAGGAGCAGUUGAUUAAAGCGAAAAUGGAUUUGAAUUCACUGACCGAAGAGGACGACUUGGAUUUGGAGCUACGGUUAGUUCGUUACGAAGAGCUCAUCGAACGGCGACCACUACUGCUUAAUUCGGUGGCCUUAAGACAGAACCCGCAUAACGUGGACGAGUGGCACAAACGCGUCAAACUAUUGGAGUCAAAACCGGCACAAGUGGUUGAGGUGUACACCGAAGCCGUCCAAACGGUGGACCCGAAACAGUCGGCCGGAAAACUGCACACACUUUGGAUCAGUUUCGCCAAGUUUUACGAAGAAAAUGGACAAAUAGAGGACUCGCGGGUGAUCUUCGAAAAGGCGACGACCACUGCGUUCAUCAAAGUGGAGGAUUUGGCGGCCGUUUGGUGCGAGUGGGCAGAGAUGGAGCUCCGGAACGAGCACUGGAAGCAGGCGUUGGAACUGAUGCAUAGGGCGACUGCGGCGCCGCCCAGUAAUAAGAAAGUGGCCUAUUAUGACCAAACGGAGACCGUCCAGAAUCGGCUCCACAAGUCGCUGAAGAUAUGGUCAAUGUUUGCCGACUUAGAGGAGUCGUUCGGCUCAUUCACGACCACUAAAUCGGUUUACGACCGCAUAAUUGAGUUACGGAUAGCGACGCCUCAGAUAAUCAUAAACUACGGUCUCUUCCUCGAAGAGCGCAACUAUUUUGAGGAGGCGUUCAAAGCGUACGAAAAGGGCAUUUCGCUGUUCCGGUGGCCAAACGUGUACGACAUCUGGAAUACCUAUUUGACCAAAUUCUUGGCCCGAUAUAAGGGCUCAAAGUUGGAGAGAGCGCGCGAUCUGUUCGAGCAGUGUGUGGCCGACUGUCCGGCCAGGUUUGCCAAACCGAUAUACUUCUUGUACGCCAAGUGCGAGGAGGAGUACGGUUUGGCGAAACACGCCAUGAAUAUCUACGAUCGCGCCAUUCAGGCCGUACUGCCCGAAGAGCGGUUCGAUCUGUUCAACGUCUUCAUCCGAAAGGCCGCACAAAUGUUUGGCGUCACUCACACGCGACAGAUCUACGAGAAGGCCAUCGAUGUGCUCAGCGAUAGUCAGGCGCAGGAGAUGUGCAUCCGGUUCGCCGAAUUGGAGCGCAAAUUGGGUGAAAUAGACAGAGCGCGAGCCAUAUAUGGCCACUGCUCACAGAUGUGCGAUCCGCGCACUUCUGCCAACUUCUGGAACACUUGGAAGGAGUUUGAGAUCAAACACGGAAACGAAGACACCAUUCGCGAGAUGUUACGCAUCAAGCGUUCAGUGGCCGCCACUUACAACACUCAAGUCAAUUACAUGACGGCACAGAUGUUGGCCGCAGUCAACGGCGCCGCCGCUCAGUCCACAGACACCGCCACUCGAAUGAGUGAAUUGGAGAACAGUGUCAAAGAGACCAACACUGAUAAUAACAUGAAAGCGCCGGCGCCUAAGAGUGCGGUCAUGUUUGUCAAGUCGACCACUAAAGCGGUCGAAGAGAACGUGGAUUCGUUGCCAAAGACCGCAAAUCCCGACGAAAUCGAUAUCAAUGACGACGACUUUGACGACGACGAAGAAGAAGACGGAGAGGAUACCGGCGCUCCCAAAGCCCCAGUCAAGGAAAUCCAGCAAAAGAUGGUUCCGCGGGAAGUGUUCGGCAGUCUUAAACCCGACGAAGAGGACGACUGAAUAAUCGGCCAUUCAUUUGACUCACUCGUCGCUACAAUUGAAGCCAUCCUCCAAACCUUGAAUCACUUGAUCCACAUCUAGACUGUCAUUGAAAGCAUCGUCUUCUUCCUCUUUGAGCACCACUUUUUGUCUCUUUGUGUUGCCAUUGAGUCGUUUCGUAUCACUCUUUGGGUUUGAUCCCGAGUUAUCGUUGACUUGACCGCCGAUUCGGUGCUUCGGUUCUCUUUUCACCGUAUUUUGUAAAUAAUUUUUUAACAUUAUUUCUUCCAUCGA